GCUCUGAGAUCUGAUCCAGUGACUCCGAUUACAGUAUGCUGGGCAAGUGGGGCUGCUGUUAGUGCCAGUGAGACGCCACCAGCCUGCCAUACCAGCUCUUUGCGAUAUCCCAACGAAGGAUUUAGAACCAAGUCAAGCCGUUCUUACACUUGCCAUCUCUGACGAAGAUGAACUACAUCCAGCUGGAGAAAUUGGGCGAGGGUACAUACGCCACGGUCUAUAAGGGUCGCUCCAGAACAACCAACGAGAUCGUCGCGUUGAAGGAAAUCCAUCUUGAUGCAGAAGAAGGAACACCAUCUACUGCUAUCCGGGAGAUUUCGCUAAUGAAGGAACUCAAGCAUGUCAAUAUCGUACGGCUCCACGACGUUAUACACACAGAAACUAAGCUCGUCCUUAUUUUCGAAUACUGCGACCAAGAUCUGAAAAAGUACAUGGAUCAACAUGGAGACAGGGGUGCACUCGAUCCGGUUACUGUGCGAAGCUUUAUGUACCAGCUUCUCAAGGGCACUUCUUUCUGUCACGAAAAUCGUGUCCUUCACCGUGAUCUCAAGCCCCAAAAUCUUCUUAUAAAUCGAAAGGGCGAACUCAAACUCGGUGACUUUGGGCUGGCCCGAGCUUUUGGGGUUCCCGUCAACACGUUCUCUAAUGAAGUUGUCACCCUGUGGUACCGAGCUCCGGACGUGCUUCUUGGGUCUAGGACAUACAGUACGUCGAUCGACGUGUGGUCCUGCGGUUGUAUAUUCGCAGAAAUGAUAUCCGGAGUACCUCUUUUCCGUGGUCGAGACAACCACGAUCAGCUACUUCAUAUCAUGCGCAUAAUCGGAACCCCAGAUGACCAUGCCUUCAGGAAGAUGGUGGCGGAUACGCCUGAUAUCACUUUCAAGCAGUUCCCAAAAUAUCCGAAGAUACCCUUUCAACAAGUCCUUCCCAAGGCGUCAACUCAAGCCAUUAAUCUACUCGAGCGUUUACUCCAAUUUGAUCCUGCCAUGCGAAUCAGCGCCACAGAGGCUUUGUCUCACCCGUACUUCACAUCUGGCAUGAGUCCCUCAUAUGGUCCAUCUCCGGCACCGGGGUCAAUGCCUCCCCCCCAAUAUAAUUUCCCCCAUCCACAUAGCCACCAUCAACAACAGUCGCAACCUCAGCAGGCCACGCAGCAACAGCAGCAGCAACAGCCUCAGCAUAUUACGACACAGUCAGCAUAUCCAUCCCACCCCCCGCCUAUGUAUAGUCAACAAGACGCGGUGCGGAUACAAGCCCAGGCGCAAGUCAUGGCUCAGGCUCAAGCGCAAGCUGUACACGCCCAUUCCCAGACCCAUAUCAAUCAGGUGCCAGCCACCUAUGGCGGGCCUGGUUAUCCAGCGCAAUACCAGCACUCGCGCUAACGGGGAGGUGUCGGAUGCUCCUUUUCCCUUACAUUUUGCUUUGCACUCGUUCAGUUCGUUGUCCUUAUGUGCGGAUCGUUGUAUUGAUAUUCGGAAGAGUGGCGAGGUGUCGCCUUGCGCUUCCCAACAUUUGAAUCCAAUGUGAUUUGUAGAGGUUUCUCCUUUAUUUAAGUAACGUGUACUUGUGAAUGGCAUGCUGGAUUUCUGUGUAG